ACUUAAGACCAUUCGAAAAAGUGCUCUUCGAAGUUUCAGAAUUUUUGACAAAAUAAUUGAGCAUCACAUUUUUGGAAAACACGUGUUGUAGAAUUGUCGCAGUGAACUUCUCAAGAACGCACUUAAAAUGGCAGUCAAAAAUAAAAAAUCAGCUCAAAAAACAAAAGUAGCAGAGAAGAAGCCUCAACCGGCACCACAAGACAGUGAAGAGGAUGACGAUGAUGUCGAAGAACAGAAUGACGAAGAGCAUUCGGCAGAGUCUGAUUCUGAUCCUGAUGCAGAGGAAGAACAGAGCGUCGAAGCAUCUGAUGGUGGUGAAGCUGAAUCUAACGACGAAGAAAAAUCCGAAGAAAAAAAAGCAGUUGUCACUAAAAAGAAACCAGCGGUGGAGGACAAAAAGCAGGAUGAUGAUGAAUCUUUGAAAAGAACAAUUUUUGUCGGUCACAUCAAGUUCAACUUAACUGAGAAAGAUUUAGAAGAAUUUUUCGGCAGUGCCGGAAAAAUAGAUCAUGUUAGGAUUAUUCCUAAACGGGGAUUUGCAUUUAUUUGCUUUGAAGAUGAAAAUUCUGUCAAAGAAGCUCUAAAGUUAGAUCAUAAGAAGCUUGGUGGAAAAGAGGUUCAUGUGGAAAUGGCCAAAUCAAAACGUAAUCCAGCGGGGAAGAAAAAAUCGCAUAAGCGAAAAGCAAAGAAGCAAAAUAACGAAGAAGAACCAGCGGCGAAAAAAUCGAAAUCAUCCAAUCCAGUGAAAAGUCUUGAUGUCUCCAAGAAAGGCAAACCGAAAACGCCGCAAACGACGAAUCCAAACAAGAAAAAAAAUAAACCGAAGCCAGGACAGUUUGUGAAGGUCAAAUAAAUAUAUUAUAUGAAAGUUUCAUUAUUUUACAUAUUAAGAUAAAAUGUAUAUCUCAAUUGAAAAUAUAUAUAAUACAAUUGAA